AUGCUUCAACAACGCAUAGAAGCAAUUGCAGAUAAACUUUCACAAUCAGAUUAUGAGAUAGUUUGUCUGCAAGAAGUUUGGAUUUAUGACAGUUAUGAAUUUAUCCGUAAUAAAACAAGAAAAAGAUUUCCACACGCCAGAUUUUAUUCAAGUGGUAUUUUUGGAAGUGGACUUGUAAUUCUUUCACGUUAUCCAAUAGUUGAAGUAAAUUUUUAUAAAUAUCGGUUAAAUGGUCGUCCAAUCAAAGUUCUACAUGGUGAUUGGUAUUCGGGUAAAGGUGUUGCUAGUUCUGUUGUUGACCAUCCUGUAUCUGGGUUAAUUGAAAUAUUUAACACUCAUACACAUGCAGGUUAUGGACUCAAAAGUAGUACUGAUGUUUAUUUAGGUCAUAGAGUUUCUCAAGGUUGGGAAAUUUCCAAUUUGCUUAGAAUUUCUGCUUCAAGAGGUCGUAAUGUUAUUGCUCUUGGAGAUUUUAACAGCGAACCGAAUUCAAUUCUGUACAAACUUGUGACAACACAUGGACAAAUGACUGAUUCUUGGGCUUCACAAAGUACCUUAUCACCAUUAAAUGACUCAACAACAUCUCUUAAUAAACCUGCUGCCAACAAUACAUUUGAUCCAGCAGCGUCUAUCACUCAAGAAGGCUACACCAGUAAUUCACCUUUAAACACAUGGUCAAAUAUAUCACUCAAACAAGCAAAUCUUGACCAAUAUGGUGGUCAACGUAUUGAUUACGUUUUUUAUCGUAAAACAUCAAGAUUUUGGUGUAGUGGGUCACGUGUAGUGUUCACAGAAAAAAUACCAGAAUUGGGAGUUAGCUAUUCUGAUCACUUUGGUGUAGAAGCAAAGUUCACACUUGUUGGUCGUAGUAAAAAUUCUGUCAUCCCACUCUCGGUCUGGGAAUUUGGGCCUCCUGAGACUUUAUAUGAAUUAGACACUAACACAAUCAAGAUUUUAAUGAAUCUUUUCAAAAAAGAUUUAGAAAAAUCAAGAGCAACCUCGAAUAUAUACAUAAUUCUAUUUUAUACUACAUUAGCUUUGUUGUUUGCAUUAAUUUUGUUACAAAUGUUACUCACCGCCAAUGCCAUCGACAAAAGUUAUCAAUAUUUGGGUCUUCUUGCCAUUAUAAUAAGCGGUCCUAUUGCAGCUUUUGGCACUAUUAUAGGAUUGAUUGGUUUGCUUUUUGGCAAUGAAGAACAGAGUGUGUAUAGAGAAUUACUAGAUGAGGUGGAAACUUUUUCAAAAGGAAAAAAAACUCUUGAAAGCAGAACAAGUAGUGUUGGAAUUCAAGAAGAAAUUGACAUAGAUCAAUAG